AGAGGCCAUAGUGACGGAAGGUCAAUGUGCCCUUCCACACGUGUUGUGUCUUCUAGAAGUAGCUGUAAGUGAGGGACUCACAUUUCGCUGUGUGUCGGCAAACUAAUUUAUUCUGUUGUUAUACACCUGAUUAUUUUCAGACAGUCAUGCUAAAGUCAGUAGUCCGCUCGGUGGGAGCUGCUGUCCGCCUCUCUUCAGCUACCACGUCCACAGCCCGGGCUCUGCCCCUCAGCUGCCCGACGCUGCGCUCUCCAAGCCCGGCAAUAGCACGGCCCUUCACCCGGUCUCUGUGGAUGCUGAACAGCAACUCGUCAGGAUACAGACCCAAACUGUUCAGCUCCAAGGUGCUCAGCCCGUCGGUGUCCUGUAGAUGUGGAGGACUGCACACAGAAGGUGACAAAGCGUUUGGAGACUUUCUGUCUGAUGAAAUCAAAGAAGAGAAGAAGAUCCAGAAAAGCAAAACUCUACCCAAGAUGUCUGGAGGAUGGGAACUGGAGAUGAAUGGCACAGAAGCUAAGCUCUCAAGAAGUGUAUCUGGAGAAAAAAUCACUGUCACAUUUAACAUCAACAACAGCAUUCCUCCAAACUUUGAGGAGGAAGUAGAACAAGGACAGCAGAAACCAGCAGAAGAAGAGCCUGAAAUUGUGUCAACACCCAACUUUGUUGUUGAAGUAACGAAGCAAGCUGCAAAACAUUCCCUAGUGUUUGACUGCCAUUUUCCCGAAGACGAGAUGAGUCAUGGAGAAGGAGAAGAGGAGAGCGAUAUCUUUGCCAUUCGGGAGGUCAGUUUCCAGCCAGAGGGAGAUACAGAGUGGAAAGAGACCUGCUACACACUCAACACAGACUCCCUGGACUGGGCGCUCUAUGACCACCUGAUGGACUUCCUGGCUGACCGUGGGGUCGACAACACCUUCGCAGAUGAACUGAUGGAGCUGAGCACCGCCAUCGAGCAUCAAGAGUACAUUAAGUUCCUGGAAGACCUCCAAGGCUUUGUCAAAUGUAAUUAAUGUUAGACAUAAGCUUGAUUUCUGCUAUUCUUCAACACACAUCCAGGCAAAGUUGAAAGUACAAUGAUACAAUAAAACUGAAGCACCGAGUGAUUUAUUGAUGCACAUUCAGUGCCACAAGAGAUUGACGGCUUGCUUCAGUGUCCGUGACAGUUGUCACAUUAAUACUUGGCUACAAAUGUGUUGUUUGUCAAAAUGUGACUAUUUUUCUGUAAGUUAUGAUAGUUUAAAUAUAUGAAAGCCACAAAUAAUGAAGGUCAAAAUGAGGUUCAGAAAUCACGACUGUCAGACAUUUCCCAUUUUAGGGUUUCAGUCUAAGCUGCAGUGGUUUAAAUGUGACUUGGUUGGCAUUUCCAACCGUUGUCAAGCCAUUAAAGAAUUGGUCAAGUGAAAUCAAAACAAAACUUCUAGUCAGAAUCAGCCCUCAUUUACGUAUGUAUAUGACAGCGCCUGUUUGAGUCUUAUUCAUGGCUGGUUAAGCAGGAAAGUUCAUAUUGACUAAUACUGAUUUGACUUAGUCAAACUGUGAUACAUGAUGUCUGAAUUUCACGUGUUCAGAGGAUGGAAGGUCAACAUCUAAUAAAACAAUUUAAUACCAACA